AUGAGGGAAUGGGCAACAAUUGCCUUACUCCCAGGUCCCCUCCAGCACAGGGCACCUUUUCCCCCCUUACAACACGCUAGCCAGGGCUGCCCCUCCCCCUCCCCCUCACCCAGCUCCGGGUUGCCCCCCCUCCUCCCUCUCUCACAAAGACACAGACCCCCCGUUGACAUCUGCUUACACACGACUUUUUCUGAAUCUGCUGGGACCUUGUCACUGGCAGCCGGCAUCCACCCGUUGCCAUUGUAUCCGAUUGUUGCUUGUUGCAUUGUACCCAACUUUCCACCAACGCCCAGACUAGUAGCCGCCCCCCGCAUCUCCCAUAAUCUUCAUUCCAACAAACGCCUCGAAAUCCUACCCCGCGCGAACGUAUCUCAGAAGAAGAAGCAUCGUCCCAUACACACAGCAACGACUCGCCUGCCUCUCUACAUCUUCCCAAUCACCCAGCCCACCUUCAACCUCCAUACCUUCCGCGACACAGCAGCAGCAAACAUGGUCGACCGGCCCAACAAGCCCACCGCCCUGGCCACCACGCCCGGCCUCCCGCCCCAGGCCACCGUCGACAUCACCCACAACAACACCCGCGUCUCCGCCACCCUCCCCACCGGCGAGUCCGUCGAGGUCCUCCUCCACGGCGCCACCGUCCUCUCGUGGAAAUCCGCCGCCGGCGCAGACCGCCUCUGGCUCUCCGGGUCCACCGUCCUCGACGGCUCCAAGCCCGUCCGCGGCGGCAUCCCCCUCGUCUUCCCCGUCUUCGGCCCCCCCUCCGACGCCCACCCGCCCACCGCCAAGCUGAGCCAGCACGGCUUCGCGCGCAGCUCGCGCUGGGAGUUCCUCGGGAAAUCCACCAGCGAGGGGUCCGCCGGCUCAGAGUCCUCCGUCAAGCUCGACUUUGGCCUGUCCUCGGCCAACCUCGACGCCGACACCCAGGCCAAGUGGGGGUACAAGUUCGGCGCCAUCUACAGCGUGUCGCUCGACCGCGAGACCCUGUCGACGUCGUUGGUCAUCACGAACGAGGGCGAGGAGGCCUUUGACUGCCAGGUCCUGAUGCACACCUACCUGCGCGUCAACGACAUCACAAAGAUCUCAGUGCAAGGCCUCGACGGCGCCGCCUACACCGACAAAGUCGACAACGGCGCCUCAAAGUCCCAAUCCGGCGACGUCACCAUCACCCAAGAGACGGACCGCAUCUACACCCCCACCGGCGGCCCCCGGACCCCUGUCACCGUCCUCGAGAGCGGCAAGCCCGUGUUCUCCGUCGUCCGCGACAACCUCGACAACGUCGUCGUCUGGAACCCCUGGGUCGACAAGGCGCAAGGCAUCGCCGACUUCGCCCCCAAGGACGGCUACAAGAACAUGCUGUGCGUGGAGCCCGGCGCCGUCAAGGAGUGGCAGAAGCUCGAGCCCGGCGACGCCUUCGAGGGCGCCCAGGUCAUUACGGCGAGCUCGAACUGA